AUUCGUGGAAAUGGUGUAUAAAAUUCCAUCCAAAUCAUUGGUGGUCGCCAAUGUUUGCCAACCAUGUUCAUCCAGCCUAGGGCAAUUUUAUAAUCAUUGGUCUUUGUAUUCCCCGCGCGGUAAUGCUCUGGUUCAACAGAAUAUUGUAACAGGCGCCUUAGGUGCGUCGGCUGCAUCCAGAAGUGAGCCUUCGCCUGACCUUGAUUCGAGACCAGCUACCAAUGAAAGUUCAACGGUAGAUCCACGUUCAACUAGUUCAUCAGAUAGCUCUCAUUCUCCGGAUAUUCCAUCGUCCAGCGCAUCGGCCACACCAAACUAAUGAUCGAGCACCGCAAUCUCAAAUCACACAUCUUGAGAUGUCAAGACAUCAGCCACGUUAUGGUUUCGAGUGUUGGCGUUGGUACAACACCGAUGCCCAGCACGUCACGAUUCUCUUUACAGUCUUAUCACAACUGAUCGUCGUCACAGUUCGAUCCAGUGAUCCGCAAAUAUCAUCAAAUCUAUUAAUUCACCUUUCAUCAUUUCAGAUCAAUCAAAAUGAGAUUUGUUUCUUUUUUUCUUUUGAGUGAGAACACAGAGAUUUUUCUUGAUCAGAAUGAAAUAGUUAUUUAUUCAAAUAAAACACAUUCCACCCAAGUAAACGAAGCUUUAGUUUCAGUUUUUUUUGUUGUGAAAUGUAAAUUGAUUUGAAAUACAGUUUGUAUUUAUUCAACCACGAUACAAAAAAUGUUAUUAUUAAUAAGUGACCAGUGGAUCAGCAUCAGUUUCACUGAGUUGAAUUUCGAUGCUGUUGUCGUUGAGCAAUUUUGCCAAUGUCUCUUUGAAUUCGGUCAAAUAGCCACGUUCCGAGUUGCUAUGGUUGCAUAGAAUCACGCUAACAUUGUUGUGAACGGCUUCGAGCACGUCAUGAUGU